CCGAGUGGAUCGAUCGAAAUGGCAGAGCAGAGACAUGCGGGUGAUGGAUCACAGAGAGAAUAUUCAGAUGUCUGUACAGCUGCACAGAAUUUAAUAGGUCUUCUGACCCAAAGCCUUGGUCAGAUUCAGUCAGCUCAGGGUCAGCAGCAGCAGCCACAACAACGACAGCAGCCUCCUGCUAUUUCUCAGCCUCGAAUAGAGCAGGAUAUGGCCAGAUCUUUUCCUGGGAUGUUUAAAAAAUCAAAGAAGAAAACUCCAAAUCCACAAAUACAUGUGAAAGCCACACCUUGGAAACCAUUUGCUGUUUCCAUAUAUUUAAUGAGCAGCAACACUGACACCUCACCCACACCUUCUGAAGAGCUUGAACUACUCCAGGCCGGACUAGGAAAACGGGUGAUUACAAUUUCAUCCAAUGUGAACCAUUCGGAUUUAUGCAAGCUCCUUGAAGCUGAAUUUCCAAAGAUGAAGUCACUUACUGGAGGGUGGUUACUUUAUAAGGCACCAGGUGGGAAUGGAAGAAGAAAGCUUACUGUUGUCCCUCCAGACUCAGAGGGUUAUACAGGCAGCCUUCUCAAAAUGGCUACCACCGCUGGAAGAACAGCACUGUAUAUGGUCCCUCUUCAAGAUGAGUUAUGUCUUGAUCCACUGCCAUUCUCAGCAGAAGAGUUUGCGAAGAUGCCAAAGGUUGAGUGUCGUACUUGUAAAACCACAAUGCCACUACCAGUUUUGUACUUGCAUGUUAAAUCUUGUGGUGGCUGCACACAGUCAGCUAAUGAUGAGACUACUGAAGAUGAUGAUGAUGAUGUAAAAGUAGUUGGUGAGAUUACCAGAGCAGUUACCCCUACAGCCCCAGCUUCUACACCUACACCCACCACUUCAAUACAAACUUGUUCUCCUACACCCACCACAAGUUUUGAGGAUGAGGGACAGUGUCCCAUUUGUUUAGACACAUUUUCACAGACAGAGUUGCCCAUGCAUGCAAGUGUUUGUGGAGAUAGUAUAUUACAGACACUGGAUUAUGAGAGCAGUCCUCCGUGUGGCACACCAGUACAGCAACACCAAGGCCCAGACAUGAAAUGUCCAGAUGAUGUAUUGCGUUUGUUGGCAAGAAGGGUAGAUGACAGCAAGGAUUUCAAGAUCUGUGUUUCUCGAACUGACUUCUAUCAAAGAGCUAUGGUGCAGUGGCAAAGACAAAAGAGAGGAACCCCGGGCAAUACUUUGCGUGUAACAUUUUUGGGGGAAGCAGGUGUUGACACAGGUGCCAUUCGUAAGGAAUUUCUUUCAGAUUUGAUUGGUGAGAUUGAGAAACACCUCUUUGAGCAUAGAGGACACCAGAGAGGGAAGAGCCCCAUCUACUCCCUAAGUAAUCUGGAGAAUGGAUUUUUUAAGACUGCUGGAGAAGUGUUUUCGGUUAGUCUCGCUCAGGGUGGGCCUGCCCCCCGUUUCUUGAGGCCGUGGUGCUUUGAUUAUCUCUCAUCUGGAGACUUGGAUGAAUCAACUCUCACUAUAGAUGAUGUGGAUGAUGCUGAACUUUAUAAUUUGAUUAAAAAGAGGAUAACCCUGACGGAGACAUCCUGCCCUUAA